AUGAGUACUCCCGCCCAUGAAACUAUAAUCAUAGAGGAUGUUCCCGAGGUUAAGAAGGAGGUUGUAGGCGAUCCCAUUUUAUAUUCAAUGGAUCCGGUCACGCCGCUAAAAGAUACUACCGCACAUAGUGGAUGCCCGAUUAUCAAAUGUGCCAUAUCUCCGCUUGGAAGUUGCAUUGCGACUUACAGUGCAGAAUCAGAAUCCGUUGUUAUAUGGUCAAUUGAGGAUGGAAAGGAACGUAUAGUUAAACUUUUUGAGACUACAGUAGCUACCGAGAAAGGUGUUCUUCCAGAAUUACUUGUUUCUGACAAACAAUCUUUCAUGUUUAAUAGUGGUAAGGAUGCUAAUUUGAGUUGGUAUUUCGUUAACGAUAUUCGCAUAUCUAAGGAGCCAUUCAUGAAACUGCCGGAUUACGUUUUGCGGAUACGUCCUAGCUAUCGUGAAGCAUUUCUUUCCUCUGGCGAGCUUGUAGUCGUUGCGGCAAUGUACAAGGAUGAUGUGGGAUUCUAUCGUUUUAAGGAUAAAAAUCGCAAAUGGGAGCGAAGGAACGCAAGCUUACUCGACUGGACUCACGAAACAGAAUACAAACACGUCAAGGAUAGGUCACGUGAACGGUUUAGAUACUUUAUCAUCAAAGACAAGUUGGUAUGCCAAUAUGAUGGCCAUUUGACUCAAUGGGAUAUUUAUACUUCUAAGCUUGAAGUACAAUAUUUUUGUGAUGAUAUUUCAGUUACACAUGUAGAUUUGAUGAACGAUGUAACGAAAUUCUUGUUUGCUGUGGAUCCAUCCAACUUGUUGUCUGCUUUGGUGACUGGAAAGCCCAAUUCUCAGAAGCUGACUGUAUAUUGGAUCAAGACUGAAAUGCCUCUCAACACCACCUAUGUUACGACAAGGAAUGGUGAACAAAUAGUGGCUGUGGAUUUUAUAAGAGACGAAGAUUGUUGUAUUCUCGUAAUGAUUACGGAUAUGGGAACGGCAAUUUUAUGGGAUCCUUUCGAUGAGUCGGAAAAACAAACAGAGGCAGUUGAAAGUAAAAAUAAAGGCAAUCCACUGGAAACUAUUGAUCUCAGUGAACACAUUCUUUUAGGCAGCUGGAAACCGGGGCUAAAUUUCGUUCUUAAUGGUCAUGUUCUGGUCGUAAUUGACAAUGGACAGCCUCUAAGUAUACCGAUUAUCCAACAAAGUUUCCAAAAAAUCCAAAAAUCACUUCUGACUGUUAUCCCUAGCGCGACUAUGAUAAGGGCACUUGCUCAUGAAGAUGCGAAAUUAGAACCACUCGACAGAAAAGGUAGAAGACUGGAGGGAUUAAAAAGAAGCUGGCAUGUUACAGCUAAUUCUGGGAUUAGUGCGUAUCAAAAUAAAACAGACAAAUAUCCCGCCAGCGUUCACGCUCUAAAAUAUUUUGGGUCUACUAGGAGUUGUACAAUUUUGAGUAAUGAUGAUUUGGCUAUUUUAUGUGAUAGAGGAGUAUGCAUUUUCUAUUUGUCAGAUGAAAUCAUCCACAUGAGAUAUUUCUGGGACGACGAUAUCGGCUACGGCAUGGAUGUGUGUCUUGUGGCGGAUGAAGUUGCCGAGAGGAUUCUGCAGAAAUUCGAUAGUGUGUUUUGGCCUCCACCAAGCACAAAGACCAUCUGGUGGCACGUGCAGAAAACACUCGAGGCACGAUCUCCGGACUGUCAACGAGCCUUUGACGUUCUGUAUAAAAGAAUGACAAAUUCUACAAAUCUUGUUUUUUAUGGAAAGGAAAUUUUGUGCAGUAUCAUCGUUCUGAACGAUGGGAUCAUGGUUGAGAAUAUACUUGAGGCUUGUUUUUGUCAACUUUAUACUUACUCAAUUACACAUAUUGCAUACAUGGGAGUUAUAACUCCGUCACUUCCACAAAUAAGUGAACUAUUUUCUGACAUGGUAUUUAGUUUAUUUCCAAAAUCCAUGUUGGUACUAGAUCCAAACUGCGAAUUUGUCAAUCGAUUACCCAUUACCCCAAGUCACUUGUAUGCGUUCACUAGUAAGUUUCACAGCCAGAACGCCCUGACUUGUUCAGUCAAUCUACGAUUACGAUUGGAAUUGCUGGAAGAUGAUAUCAAAGAAAUGUCAAGGUUCAGAAUUUUCUGGGUGCGAAAAUUCUUUAGAAUCUUGGCUGUUCUGAAGACUACAUCUCACGUUUUGUAUAAGCCCUAUCUUACCGCUCAUAAAUACUUCAUACAUGGAACAAGAAGAUCAACUUUAACGUUUAUAGUACCUUUACCUAAAUACUGCACCUACCCCGAGAACUAUUCUUUUUGGCAGGAUGCUAUUUUUCCAGUUUCAAGUCCCUUUGUUACUGGUACAUCAAACAACAAAUCAGUGUUUUAUCAAACAUGGGAUGGCGAAGCCAUAAUCAAUUUCAAAUGGAAAACCUUUGUGAGUCAUACUGAAGAAUUCAUACAAGAUGAUCAUAGAAGACGUCUUUUAUAUACAACAGUUGUAAUUGGUUGUUGGCAUAUUCACUUUGAGCUAAGGCAGUUUAUAUGGAGCCCAAGCAGAUAUAUUACAUCACUUUGGAAUUGGAUUGACUGUGGAGCAUAUGGUUUGCCUUUGGUCACUACGUUCUACUUGUUGUGCAAUGUUACAGCUCCAGAAUGGGUGUCACCGAUAGCUGCUUUGCUUCUGUGGACCAAGUUACUUGUCUUGCUUAGACCCUUUGAAUAUUUUGGGAUCUAUAUUGCAAUAAUGAUUGGUGUGGCACAACAAGUAUUUUCUUUCUUGAUUGUACUUGGAAUAAUGAUCCUUGGGUUUGCACACGCAUUCUUUAUAUUGCUGAAACCACAGCCAGGAGCAUCAGUGGACACACCACCAAGUCUUAAUGAUAAUGACCCAAAUAAUCCAUGGAAACUGACUGCGACAUUCAACACUGUGAACAACGACGGGAGCAUUAACUCUCAAUCCGCCUUUUUAGAGACACCAGGUGACAAUACGAACGUAUAUUCCCACUUUAGUACAGCUCUCUGGGGUACUUAUAUGGUUCUCACGGGAGAUUUGAGUUCAUUCUCUGGUUGGAAUAUUAAAGGCAAUCCAACGCUCGCACUACUCAUUGUAUCAUUCUCUUUUUUCACGGUCAUUUAUCUUUUGAAUCUUUUCAUCGGUUUAUUGAGUAAUGCUAUUGAUCUUUAUCAUGAACGAGGAUCAUACUUGGCUCAGAAAGCUGAGGUUUUAGCAGAAAUUGAGUUGUUUUAUAUGUUCCCGUCACAAAGACGAAACAAAUGCUGGUUUCCCGAUACUGUAUACUAUGAAGCUGAUGUCAAAGAAUUACGAAAAUUGAUCAAAGGGAAUAUUGAUAGCUAUUCUAAUUACUUGGAAAAGUCUCCAAUACAUGCUAAACGGGUAGCAAGUCUUGUUAGUAUUGGCAAUACUGGACAGAUGAAUCAGGGUUUUACAUUGUAG